AACGGUGACCGCCCAGCCUUUUUCUAGACACCAGCAUCUGGAGACGACAGAGAGCUACUAGCAGAUUGCGAGUGGUCUCGAACCGCUGUCUGACACAAUGCCUCAUUCAGAGCCCGAUCGGCCGUCAACCAAGCGGCAAAAGCUGGAAGCCGCCGUCAAGUCGUCCGCAGCAUCAUCAAACAGAGGGUCGGCCAUUUUUGCCCCAUUUCGAACCAUUGGACUGGUAUCCCCAACUAGUGUGCCGUUUACCUCGAUUCCUCUCGGCAAAACCACCUUCCAGAUCACCACCUCGGUCGGCCGGGCCCUGCAGACGUACGAUCUCAAACGCGGCCUCAAUCUCGUCUUCGUUACGCGCCCCCAGACGCCCGCCGACAUCACUGCAACUUAUGCUUGGAAGGACCAGGUGUUUGCUGCCUGGGGAGACCCCCGCAAUGGCGAGCCUCAGGGUCUGUGGGCGUUCCAGCGCGGCAGGAAGGCUGUUGAGCUGCGGCUGCCAGCCGAUCUCGACCAGCCCAUCAAGCAGAUUCUCAUCUUUGGCUCGUGGAUAGUCGCUUGCGCCCUGACGAGGAUAGAAGUGUGGAAGUCGGCUACCCUGGAGCACUACACGACCAUCUUCACAUCUUCGGCCAAGAAGGGCGACAACGAGUUAACUGGAGGCAUCUGCAACAUGCCGACCUUCCUCAACAAAAUAUUCGUGGGACGGAGAGACGGUUGGGUUGAGAUCUGGAAUGUCAGCACGGGAAAGCUGAUCUAUACCAUCUUGCCGCCAUCGCCUGACUGCGGUGCCGUCACUUGUCUCGAGCCCAGCCCAGCCAUAUCCCUGUUGGCAAUUUCUUACUCUGCGGGCCCUCUAGUCAUCCAAAAUGUGCUUACGGACAAGCCUGUCUUGCGGCUGAAUGCUGGUACCGAGGAAGCCCCAGUUACCUCAAUCUCGUUCCGGAGCGAUGGCCAGGGCGCCGGGCAUGACGGCCGUAAAGAUGGUGUCAUGGCCACCGCGACAAGCUCUAGUGGUGAUGUCACGUUCUGGGACCUCAACAAGGGUGGAAGGAUAAUGGGUGUGCUCAGAAGCGCGCACAAUCCUCCUUCUGAGCGCGGAGACGUCCGCGGCGGUAUCAGCAAGGUCGAAUUCCUACCGGGCCAGCCUGUCAUCGUCACAAGCGGGCUUGAUAAUGCUCUCAAGUCAUGGAUCUUCGACGAGUCGCCAUUCUCGCCCGUUCCUCGUAUUCUGCACAUGCGGAGCGGACACGCUGCGCCAGUCAGCUGCCUGCAGUUUCUGCCUUCAGACUUCGAUGGCGCCGAGGCCGGCAACAAAUGGCUGCUCAGCGGUGGCCGAGACAGGAGCCUAUGGGGUUGGAGUCUGCGCCGCGACGGACAGAGCUCUGAGCUCAGCCAAGGCAGCAUCCGCAAGAAGGCGCGGAAAAUCGGCCUCCUCGCGGGCGGCUCGCUGUCCCACGGCCCGACUACUACGCUGGACGACCUCAAAGCGCCGGAAAUUACUUGUAUCGCAUCAUCUCUGAACCGAGACGGUGGUAUUGGAGCGAUGCCGGGCAAGCAGAUGAUUUGGGACAAGGGCAGCGACAAGAACAAGCUCACUAGCGCUGAACUCAGCGGCAUGACCGGGUGGGAAAGCGUCGUCACGGCGCACAGGGACGACCCAUGGGCUCGUACCUGGUUUUGGGGCAGGAAGAGAGCCGGCCGGUGGGCCUUCAAGACGGGCGACGGGGAAAGCGUCUCGACCGUUGCCAUCAGCCCGUGCGGCACCUUUGCUCUUGUCGGCUCGGUGGCGGGCAGUAUUGACAUGUUUAACCUGCAAUCCGGGCGGCAUCGGCAGCGGUUCCCAUCCAGACUAACACCGGCGCAGUUGAGGCAAUUAAAGAUGCAGCAGCUCAAGACGCUGGACAAGGUCGAUCAGUUGCAGACCCCCGCCAAGACGUUUGCACCGGGCACCGGGAGACACACAAAUGCCGUCACUGGCAUUGUCGUCGACUCGCUCAACAAGACGGUAAUAUCAUGCUCACUCGACGGCAAGGUUAAAUUCUGGGACUUUGUGACGGGCAACCUUGUCAAUGAAAUCGACUGGGCGCCCAUGACAAGAAUCACAGCGUGCCGCUACCAUCCCGGCAACGACCUCAUGGCAUUUGCGUGCGAUGACCACUCGAUCCGGAUAGUCGACAUCGAGACGAAGCAGACAAUUAGAGAGUUCUGGGGUUGCCGCGGUGAAAUCAACGACUUUUGCUUCUCCAAUGACGGCAGAUGGAUCGUUGCCGCCUCUCAGGAUUCGAUCAUCCGUGUGUGGGACUUGCCAACGAGCCACCUUAUCGACGCCUUCCGCCUUGAGAAACCCUGCACGGCCCUCGCUUUCUCCGGCACAGGCGAGUACCUCGCAGGAGCAGUUCAAGACAGUCUCGGCGUGCAGAUCUGGACAAACCGGACCCUCUUCAAGCACGUGCCAACUCGGCAGAUCUCGGACAAGGACAUUGGUCAGAUCUCCGAGCCGACAACCUCGGGCGAGGGCGGUCAGGGUCUCAUCGAAGCUGCCUUUGAGGCGGACGGCGCGGCCGAGGAUGAGGAACAGGAAGACGGCGUGGCUGCACCUGUGCUAGACCAGCUCAGCAAGGACAUGAUGACGCUCAGCUUGGUGCCCAGGAGUCGCUGGCAGACGCUGCUCCACAUUGACCUGAUCAAAGCGCGCAACAAGCCCAAAGAGCCACCCAAGGCGCCCGAAAAGGCUCCCUUCUUCUUGCCGUCGGUAGGCGCAGCAAAUCCGCUUGUGCCUGCGCCCGAGUCGGCACGUGAAAAGGCUGCCGGCACGGUAAGCGGUGCGUCACGAAUAACUCAGCUUGACCGGGCAAGGCAAGAGCAGGCGUUCUCAUCCAAACUUCUGGCUGCUGCUGCCUCGGGAAAUUACGAUAUAUUCAUCGAACACCUCAAAACCCUGGCGCCGUCGGCAGCAGACCUAGAAAUCCGCUCGCUGUCGAUAGGCGAUGGCGACGACGCAUCGAACGAGCUACUCCACUUUAUCCGGGCAAUGAUCAGCCGGCUCGAGGCGAGACGCGAUUAUGAGCUGACGCAGGCGUGGAUGACAGUAUUUCUGCGACUACACUUUGAUCUGGUCAUGGAGAACGAGGCAUUGCUAAAGACGCUCGCCGAGUGGAAGGAGCAUCAGGCAAGAGAACGGGACCGCCUGCAGGAUCUGGUUGGAUAUUGCCGGGGUGUUGUGGGUUUCUUGAGGAGUCCGAGGACAUGAGCAUGAUGGCGCGUCAAUUCUACGAGAGCGGCGAACAAUCCAAUCGUCUAUCUUUAAUUCUUGGGUAUCUGUCUACUGCCGGUUGAUGGCAUCCGGGCGCAACGCCGUCCGGAUCACGACAUUAUCCAAAGACAUAGUCCAACAGUCUGUCGAACGCGUUGCUGCAUCAUGCGGGUGCGCUCGUACUCGUCAAUCUCGUCGAGAUUCUUGACCAAGUCGACCUCGGUGGCCCGGU